AUGGAUUCCACAACACCACAUUGUGAUGGAUUAAGUGCUGCAAUCGCUUCCGCAUCUGGAGCAUCAUAUCCAUCUUCUACAAAUUCCCAAAGAUCUUGUGAGAUGAAUAAGCGGAAAACAGAAGUGAACACAGAGAGGCAAGAAAUAGCCGUGAAGAGGCUAUCGAAAAAUUCAGGGCAAGGGGAACGGGAGUUUAAGAAUGAAGUCACCUUAGUAGCUAAGCUUCAACACAGAAAUCUUGUGAAGCUUGCUCGAUUCAGUAUAUCUGGGGAAGAAAAACUGCUCAUCUAUGAGUUCAUGCCAAAUGAAAGCCUUGACCAAUUCCUAUUUGAUCGGAUUAAAUGUACACAUCUGAACUGGGAAAGACGAUACAGGAUAAUAGGAGGGAUAGCAAAAGGGCUUGUUUAUCUUCAUGAAGAGUCUCGACUUAAAAUCAUCCAUCGAGAUCUUAAAGCUAGCAAUAUAUUGUUGGAUGUAGAUAUGAACCCUAAAAUUGCAGAUUUCGGCAUGGCUAAGCUUUUUGUCCUUGACCAAACUCAAGCUAGUACAAUCAGAAUUGUUGGUACUCAGUAA